AUGAAGACAGUCACCGGAGGAGUCAUCGCCGCAGAACCAAUCUCCGUCCCACAGGCGGCCACGAUUCUCUCUAGUUUCGUCUCUUCAAAGAACGGCGCGUCGCAAGACGUCGGCGCGUACCUCCGACGCGCCUCCGCAGCCUUUAGCGAGCUGAGGAGCUUCCACGGCGAGCUGAAUUCGCCUCCUUUGAAAGAGACGCAAGUUAGUUCUGAUGUUACACAUGAGCGGAACGAAGAAAGGAAGAAGAAUAAGAAGAAGAAGAAGAAGAAGAAGAAGAAGAAGAAGAAGAAGAAGAAGAAGAGUGAGGAGAGCAUUGAAGAUGAUGAAAGUGUUGUUGUUGGGAAGGUGAAGGAAAAGCUGAAAACUUGUGAGGAAUCUAUGCAAGUGGAAGUUGAAAACGAAAAGGAGAGGAGAAAAGAGAAAAAGAAGAAGCGGAAGAGUGAAGAGAUGCAUUCUGUGGAGAAGACGAGUAAGAAGGGAAAAGAGAUUAGGUAG